AUGGCCGGUGUUCUGGUUGGCGGUGUUGAAGGGGGUGCAAUGCAUGUGGAGGUAGUGGUUUGCCGAGCGUCGGACGGCUGCAUCCUCGUCCACAGGCAGCGAGACGUGCUGCGGAAUUCGCUGGAAGUGUCGUUGGAGGAGUACUUGGGCCAUGUGGCGGCCGUCGUGGAGAGCGCAGUGAACGCCGUGAAGCCUGGAGCGAGACUCGCUUGUCUGGGUCUGGCGCUGUCCGGCGUCGACUGUCCGGAUCGGAAGGCGGCAGCCGUCGCCGCGUGUCGCGAGAGACUCGACCGACUCACGGACUGGCUCUGCGUCGACAACGACACCUACGGGGCCGUGUUUGCCGGGUCUCAGCAAUGCGAUGGCGGAAUGGCGCUGAUUGCAGGAACUGGCUCUAAUUCCCUGCUGGUGAAUCCGAACGGAGAAUCUCACCAAUGUGGCGGUUGGGGCCAAUUCCUGGGGGACGAAGGCUCAGGUUUCUACGUGGGACAAAAGGCUGUAAAAACGUGUGUGGAUGACUUGGAUUGCGGCUAUCGCAUCUCCCCGUUCCCCGUGGAUCGCGUCUGGGCACUGAUAAAGCGUCAGUGGGGGAUUCAAACGUUAAAUGAUGUGAGGAGACUUUACGCAGAGCGCAGCGAGUUGGCCAGCUUGACUAAGCGGAAAGUGGCCAGUCUGUGCGCCCCAAUCGCCCACCUGGCCCAAUGCGACAAUGACGAAUUGGCCCGUUGGCUCCUGGCAGAUGCUGGUGCUCAGUUGGGCAAGCACAUUGUGCGACUUGCUCCGUUGGCGGAUGAAGAUCUUAGGGAGCCGGGCGUCGGACUGAGGGUGGUGUGCGUGGGUGGUCUGUUUGACUCGUACAGCUUACUGGAGUCGGGUCUGGUGCGGGAAUUGAAGGCAAGCAGUGGACAAGGUGUGGGCCAGGUGACGCUGGUGAGACCCGGCGUACCCUGUGCCGUGGGUAUUGCCCGGGUUGCAGCAAACAGAUGUGGACUCUCAACAAUUAAGUGGGAUCUCGUGUCGAAGCAGAGUUGCUUGCUUCGUUUCCCGAAAGACUAA